GCUCGCCCCGCCCCGACGGCCGAGGCCUCGCUCGCUCCGCUGCCCCAGCGACCAGGGCCCCGGCGCCCCGGUCUCCGCUGUUUGCCGGUCCCGCCAUGGACCCCGCCGCCCGCCGCGCGCCGAGGCGGCCGCCGCCGCCGCCGCCCCCUCAGUCGCUGCCGCCGCUGGUGGUGCUGCUGGUGCCGCUGCUGCCGCUGGUGCCGGUCUGGCUGGGCCUGGCCGGGCCGGGCGCCGCGGCCGACCCCGCGGGCCGGGCGGGGCGGGGCAGGGCCCGCGCCGUGCGGGUGGACGUGCGGCUGCAGCAGCAGGACGACCUGGUCGUGGAGGGCUUCUCGAUGGGCCCCGAGGCCGACCCGGAGACCCCGCUGCGCGGCCGGCUGCUGCUGAUGGACAACGUGGGUGCGGAUGAGGAGGGGCUGGGGGAAGACUGGAUCGCCGUGGUCUACGUGGGCGAGGAGCACGUGGCCCUGCUCCCGCCGGGGGCCCAGAGCGGCGACGUGUGGAACUACCCCAGGAACCUGCUGCAUCAGAUUCGGAGGGCGUUCAUCCUGGGGGCCUCCACCCUGCUCCUCAUCAUCCUGAAACAGAACGUGGUCCGGGAGAUGGACGUAGCUCACCUUCUGCGCAGGCCCAUUGUGGUCCUGCAUUACUCCUCCAACGCCACCAAGAUGCUGGACGCCCUGCUGCAGAGGACCCAGGCCACGGCUGAGAUCACCAGUGGGGUGUCCCCAUCGACCAACACCGAGUGGAAGCUGGCCCUGUGGACCACCUGCGGCCUGUCCAAGGACGGCCAGGGCGGCUGGCAGGACCUGGUGUGCCCAGGAGGGGGCCGGGCCCCGGAGCAGAGGCCCCUGCAGCAGCUGUGGAACGCCAUCCUGCUGGUGUCCUUGAUCCUGGGCACCGGCCUGGUGGUGCAGGUGCAGCGGCAUGCAGCCUGGUACAGCCAGGAGGAGCCCGAAGGCCAGCCCCCCCACCAGGUGGAGCUGCUCAAGCGCCGUGUGGUGCGCAGGCUGGCCUCCCUCAAGACGCGGCGCUGCCGGCUGGGCAGGGCGGCCCAGGGCCCCCCGGAGGCCGACGCCGACACCUGCGCCGUGUGCCUGGACUACUUCUGCAACAAGCAGUGGCUGCGGGUGCUGCCCUGCAAGCACGAGUUCCACCGGGACUGCGUGGACCGCUGGCUGAUGCUGCAGCAGACCUGCCCGCUGUGCAAGUUCAACGUCCUGGGGAACCGCUACCCAGAGUAUUAGCGGCCCCAGCAGGCGAUCCGCUCGGGGAGAUGGAACUGACGCCCCCACCUGCGCUCUGGCCCUCGGCCUGGGCUCUUGGAACAGGAUGGCAGGACAGGACAGGAAACCCUGACGGGGGGAGGAAGGAUGGGGCCUUCCUCCCCCUGCCGAGCAAGGCACCCCACCAAUCCACAGCCCCCCGGCCGACGGUGGGGGGCACAGAUCUGCUGGGAAGCGAGGAAGAGGCCCCUUGGGGGCCUGUGUGUGCCAUCCUGGGCGUCUGCCUUCUCUGCAGGAGCCCCCGGGACCGGGGCAGGGGCGGGGGGAGUUCUCUGCCUGCCCGUCAGGACACUCCGAGGCCGAGGCUGCAGUGGCCACUUCUGUGCUUAUUUAUUGGGGCGGGGAGGGGAGGCGCGGCCUGGCCUCGGGGCACCCCGGCCAGACCGGCUUUCAGGACACUGGCCAAGGUUGGGAUGUGAGACCCAAGCCAAGGGCUCAGGCCGACCCGCGGGCCCCUCCUGCCCAAGAGGCCAGGGCCCACAGAAGCCAUCCAGGCCGUGCCCCUCGGUGGGGGGUCACUGCCCAGGACACGUGAAGCCCCGGAUAAAUGUGGUGCAUCCCCCAGGGGCAUCCAUUUUUUUAAAGACUGGGGGCAGGGGAGGUGGCUUAACAUUAAAAUAAACACGGAUGUAUUUUAACGUAAGAAAUAA